AUGGCGGGGGCGGCGGGGGUCGGGCCCGGGGUCCGCCGGGCCGGGGCCGGGGGGUCCCCGCCGGGGUCCCCGAGGGGGGGCGGCGGAGGAGGAGGCGGCGGCGGAGGCGGACCCGGCCCCGGACCCGGACCGCAGCCCCUCCGGGCCACCGUGCCCUUCCAGCUGCACCAGCGCCGCGACGCCGCGCGACCAGCUGGCGUCCCCUGUGCCACGGCAGCGGAGAAGCCCGGGUGCCGCCCCCGCCCGCCCCGGGUGAGACGCACGUUCUCCCUGGACACCAUCCUGGGCUCCUACCUCCUGGGCCAGUGGCCGCGAGAUGCCGACGGCCCCGUUCCCUGCUGCGUGAACGACAAGGCCACGCAGACCCCCCUGUCCUGGCCGGAGAUGGACAACGAGAAAACCAGCUCCUGCUCUCAUAAGCGUUCUGCGUCCUGGGGGAGCACCGACCACCGCAAAGAGGUCGCCAAGCUGAAGCAGCAGCUGCAGCGGACGAAGCUGACCCAAAGCAGCAGGGAGAAGGGGCAGAGCUGCCCGCUCCAGGGCGACCACUCGGUGCAGGCCGCCGGAAGGGCGGCGGCCCCGGGCCUCCCGUCGGGGUCCCCCGUCCUGCGCCUCAGCCCCUGCCUGCACCGGAGCCUGGAGGGGCUGAACCAGGAGCUGGUGGAGGUGUUUGUGACGGAGCAGGGCGACAACCAGCUGCUCAGGAUCCUGGACAUUCCAGACGGGCACCGGGCCCCGGCCCCUCCCCACGGCGGCUCCAGCGACCCCGCUCUCCUGCCCCCGGAGCCCGGCAGCCUCUCCCCGGCCACCCCCCGAUCAACCCCCCGUGCCCCCGGCCGGGCCACCCCCGACGGGCCCGCGGGCACCGCAGAGGGUGCCCUGUCCGACGCCAAGGAGAACGAUUCUCCUCCCCCUCCUCCUCCUGCUCCCGUUCCUCCUCCGGCCCAGCCCGCGGGCAGCUUCGGCGGCGGGAUUCCGGGCACCCAGGAGACGGGCAGCCCUUCUCCGGUCCUGGCCUUGGCCUCGUCGCCCCGCCCCAAUCACAGCUGCGUCUUCAAGCGGGAGCCGCCCGAGGGCUGCGAGAAGGUCCAGGCCUUCGAAGAAGCCACGUCGCCCGGCCCCGAGCAGGCCUUCCUGCCCUCCUGCCCCGACAAGAACAAAGUCCACUUCAACCCGACGGGCUCGGCCUUCUGUCCCGUGAGCCUGGGGCGGCCCCCGUUGCGCGGGGCGGGCUUCCUGUUCCGCGGCGGCCCGGCCCCCGCCCCCGGCGCCUUCCUGGCCGCCCCCCGCACGGACCCGGGAGCGGACGCCCCCAAGCCGCCCGCCCUGGCCUGCCCACCCUGGCAGCGGUCCCCACAGGCCGAGGACACGGCGCUCUUCCACAGCUCUCUGGUGGUCUGAGGGCUGGGGGGGGGGCCGGGCCGGGGCGGAGGGAGGGGAGCCCCACCCCGCACGUCCCGGCGUCCCAGCUGGCCGGCGGCGGGG